UCCAGAGACAAAAGCAGGGUGCCAGUCCCUUAAUAGAGUUGCAACUGGUUUCAAGCAUUAUUUGAUUUAUCAGUAUGUGUACAGACACACAAACGUACAUAUUUUGCUACUGCAAAAUGCUUUCUCUUGAAUACUUGUCAUUUUGGCUUGAUGGAAGUAAAAAUUGGUUCAUUCCCAGUUGCUUCUAUUUGGAAGGUCAGUUUCUUCAGGACUUUCAGUCCAUUUCCAGAGAGGGGAGUGUAACAAAAUCUAGGUAAAAAAGAGAUUUAAUUUGUGUGUAUCUUAAAAAAAAUUAAUAAAAUAAACUGAGCAAUCUCUGUAAUUCUUACCUAUAUGGAAGAUUUAAAAAUUAUGAAUCUUGAAUUCUGCAAAGUUAAGUCAUUUAAUUCCUUUCUGACAUCUGUGUAAUAUUUCUACCUGUUAGUGAGCCAGUCCACUGGGGGACAAUAAAGAUAACAUUCUAUAAACACAAGGCAGCAAAAAUACCCAGCCAAGCACAGUACUUCAGAAUAUGAACCAUUGUAAGAGAAUAAAAAAGAAUAUAUUCUGGAAGAUAAGUUGAAGGAUAAUCCAUUAGUAGCAGUGCACUUUUCAGGGGCCAGUGUAGGAGAAUCCAAGUUCUGCAUUUCUUGCAGGUACGAUGGUCUGUUAUAGAUCUUGCUUUCAUCAUUCCCCUUUUUCUGCCUUGGUUCAUAGGGACAUCCAUGUACCUCAUGACUGAAGAGCAGGAAGGAUGUGGCAAACAGGGAAGUGACUAAUGAACAAGGGUAUUGCAGAGCUGCUGCUGUUAAAGGUUUUGAAAUGGAAAUUAUACCUGCUGAGAGAAUUGUGGCACAGAUUGGAGGCACACUCAUACUCACAUGCAAUACUACUGGCUGUGCAUCACCACGUUUUUCCUGGAGAACCCAGAUGGACAGCCCCCUUGGAGGAAAAGUCAGCAACCACAGGACAUAUUCUACAUUGACUAUGAAUCCAGUUGGCAUUGUGAAUUCUCAUUCUUAUCUUUGUACUGUCAUAUGUGGUGAGAGAGGGAAAAAGGAGAAGAGUGUCAAAGUUGAACUUUACUCUUUCCCCAGUGAUCCUGUCAUUGAGAUCAGCCAAUCCUUAGUUGCUGGAGAACCAGCCCCUGUCAUCUGUAGAAUUCCUGAUGUGUAUCCUUCUCAUCACCUGGAAGUUCUCCUAAAGAAAGAUGAACAUGUUCUUCAUGAGAAAGAUUUUUCAGACGAUGACAGCACAAAUACAGAGACCAAAAUUGUGACAUAUACAUUUCAUCCCAUGGCUGAAGAUGCUGGGAAAGAGAUUACCUGUGUGGCCAGGUUACCAAUUGCUGAUAUGGAUUUUGAACCCAAAGAAAGAACAUCUUCUCAGAAACUUGAUGUAAAUUUUGGUCCACAAAAUACUGCCAUUACUGUAUCUCCAGGCAACUCCCCAAUGGAAGGAGAUUCUCUGAACCUCACUUGUGUGACUCAGAGUAACCCACCAGCACAAAUAGUUUGGCAUAAACAUUUGGCUGAAGAAAGCAUUCAGCAUCUGAUAAAAAACAAUGUUCUUUUUAUUCCCCGUGUCCAUUUCAAUGAUUCAGGACGGUACAGCUGUGAAGUAAUCAAUCUAGUAACUAAUAAAACAGAAGAAGCAACUGUGGACAUUAUUAUACAAGGUGCUCCAGUCAUUACAAAACUCUCCAUUGAACCUUCUACAACCGUUCAGGAAGGACAAAAUGUCUCCAUACAAUGUUCUGCUGAAAGCAACCCUCCUCCCAAGAUAAUUUUAAGGAGAAAAUCUGACAAUGCAGACAUAGGGACUUCUAGUGCCAGGAGUAUUCUUCUUCCAUCUGUGAUGUUCCAAAAUGGAGGAGACUAUGAAUGUGUAGCAGAAAAUAAGUAUGGGAACAGUAAAAGUGAAAUCACACUUAAUGUGAAAUAUGGACCAAAGAAUACAAUGAUCACUGUUUUCCCUGCUGCUCUUAAAGAAGGGGAAACUGUGACAAUGAAAUGUACUAGUUCUGGUAAUCCAGCUCCUGUGAUCUCCUGGAAGAAAAAGAAAGCCACCGGGGAGUCUGAGAAAAUUUCUAAAAAUGCAACUAUAACUAUACAGAACUUGAAAAGUCAAGAUCUGGGGCUUUAUGAAUGUGAAGCUUAUAAUCAAUUUGGCAAGGAAGAAAAAGCUGUGGAAUUAUAUGUUCAAGCAAGAUUGGAAGAACCAGAUCAGAUGAUCCCAUUCAUUAUUGCAUUCUCAUCUGUAGCAGCAGUAGCAGUACCUGCAGUUGCAAUUUUGAUCUAUGUGUCAAGACAAGCAAAGAUCAAUGGAUCCUACAGUCUUGUAAAAGCACUCAGGUUGAAAGUUUGAUCAUGUGAAUAUAAGUGUUUAGUUGAUAAUAAGCACUUUUAUUUAUUGCUGUGACUGGUUCUACUCUUCUGUAACAUAUGGUAACAAACAAGUGACUUAAGAACAGCACCAUGUGAUAGCAAAUGGGCUUAUUUUCAUGUUCUGAUAAGUGUUUUGGUAUUUAAAUGAAAGGAAGACCUAGAAUCCUGACCUAGAAAUUGGUAAAUCAUUUCUGUGUUGAAGCAUUCUGAACAAAGAGUUCUGUGAAGAACUAGGUUUGUACAUAGUGUAUAAUUUGUGUUAUAAAUGUGUUCGAUUAAAUAUCAGUUUGUAAAACUGAAAUCUUAUUGCAACUGUACAGAGAAAUUUUGUUAAUUCAAAGAUAAAAAUCAAUAUUGCUUGA